ACACAACGCGGCCUGGCAUCAAACUCGACGCAGAAAAGCCAUUGCAUAUUUUCAUCUUACAAAUUAACCAUUACGAAUUGACUGAUGAGGGUGAUGGAGAUUCGGUAAGGGCUUAAAGGAUAGAAAAAACUAAAGAUUACAGAAGAGCAAACAUGGACGUCGUCAGACUGAAGAAAAUCACCGAUAGCAUCGGGUUGAUGCAGAAAAACUUGGAAUGUUCAAUUUGUUUGGAUUUGCUCCAAGAUCCUGUUUCAACCAAGUGUGAUCACCAGUUCUGCAAUUUCUGCGUUCUAGCGUUGCUGCAAAGUUCAAGAAAGCCAUCAGCACGCUGCCCUUUAUGUAAAGUCAUCAUCACGAAGCGGAGUCUGACUAAAAAUGAGCAGUUGGAUAAGAUCGUCAAAGCUGUACGUUCUGUUAUUACUGCUGUGGAGGAAGACUCAGGGUUACAAUGUUCCCCUCCUCGAGGUCCAGUUUUCAUCUCCCAACCUGAUCCUAAGCCUAGAGAGCCAACACCUAAGAAGAAGGCCAAGGGCAAAGGUCAAGUGAGAUCAAGCAACGUGCGGAAGACCAAACGCAAAGCUGCCGAGACCGUGAGCGUGUAUCGAGAUCAUGAUAGUGAUUCCAGUGAUAGUGAUGCCUUUGAGCUGCCUCUAGUUGGUCAUACCAAUAUCAGUUCAUCAUUCCCGAGACUGAAGACCGGUGGGAAGAAGGACUCCAAAGAUGAGGAUCUGGAAAAUGAAGAAAUGGAGAAAGAGGCUGAGGACUUCCUGACUUCCCUCAACGCUGCUCCCCUAUCUAGCCAUGGGGACAUCGUCUCCGGGCACAGCAAUGAGUUGGAAAGAAUCAAUAAUGAAAUAAAUCUUCUUCCCAUCAAUUCUGGACAUCACAAGGAGAACAAGAAUCCUGACCUUGACAGUCUACCACAUAUACCACAGGAUCCAACUCCUACAGAUUCAGAAAUCUUUUCAGUCCCUGCACCUAAAGGACCUAGCAAAGUGAACAAUCUUAAAGCAGGGGAUCAAGAUCCCUAUGAGUUUAUACCGAGUCAGCGCACACCACGGAAGGUGAAACGGAAGGCAGGAAGAAAGAAAAAUCAGAAUGGGAAGAAGGAGUUCCCUAUCCUGAAAGGCAGGUUUCUAAAGCCAAAGAGAGACAACAAGAGUGCAAGUAGCUGUUCUGAAAGUGAUCAAGAGAAUUCCAUGACUCAAAGCAAAGCUGCAGAUAAGCUUGCUGCUUCAGUUACACCUUUUCAAGAAAGCAAUUCAACUGCCCACUCAAAAGGACAAAUCACUCAUCCAUUAUGCAGCAAUCAUGAUGAUGGCGGUAAAAAAGUAUCGCCUUCUAAUCACCCAAAGGACGCUGGAAUUGUCACAACCCUUGUUGAAGAAGGUGAUCUAGUUGAUAUCGCAAAUGUUGUCAUAGAAGAUACUGUCAGCGGUCUUGACAAUGAAGGUGGUGUUGAUCUCAAUGAAGAUGGUAAUGCUCAGGAGGAGGAUAAAGCUCAGCCUGUUACAUCAAACUUGGGAAAACAUCCUUUGCCUAUUACUCCAGUUGUGGUUAUCAGGGCAAGGAAUGUUGGUGGCAAUAUCCAAGGAAGUCAGCAGUCAUCAGAAGGAGGGGGUAUCACUGACUCCCAGCCAGUAGUGAUCAACAGGAAUCAUGGACGAAGGGUCUUUGCCACCACGUACGGCAAGGCCAAGAAUGGCGUUGACAAGAGUCCACCCCUUGAUCCUCAGGAGAGGAUCUUGGACUGGCUGGUCAGUAAGAAUGCAGGAAGUGAUGAGUCUGACGACAACGAUGAUGAUGCCGAUGUUGGAGAUGCAGAGAAAAGAGAGACAGUUGAAAAGACAGAGGAUCUUCAAGGCACUGGAAAUGAUCAAGAAAUUGAUGAUGUAAUUGUUGGGAUUUUGCCCUUGGAAGAAGCCCCAGAAUCUACACCUAAAGAGGUCAUUAUAGUGGAUCAACUAGAACCUGCAGAAGAAUCAAAAUCCCCCAAGACAAUAAUUACUUCCCCAAAGAAAGUUCAAGGAGAGGUUAGAAAUGGCAGACGUCGUUCAGGUAGACAUAACAAAGAAACAAGAAUAGAAAAUAUUACACUUGAUCAUGAAGAAAAUGAGAAAGGAAUUAAUGACAAAGAUUCAACUUUGAAUAGAUCAUCAGAGGAUGUGGAAAAGGAGUCUUUACCUAGCCGUAGGACCAUGAAGCAGCGCAUGAAAGAAAACCUGAAGGAACAAACAGAAGCUGCAAAGAAAGAAUCAGAUGCUGCCAAAAAGGAAUCGGAAGCUGCUGCUAUCAAGAGUGACUGGGAACUUGCCUUAGAACUUGCUCGUCAGUUUGGCACUGAGCCAGAGCAUCUGAAGGCUGAGCCAACUGAACUUGGUGGACGAUCAUCUCGAAGGAGGAAAGGCAAACUCACUAUUGAAAAGGUACCGGAGAGUAGAUCUGUCAGAAAAACUGGACGCCAUGCCCAAGAAAAUCAGGAGAAAGGGAAAAGAGAGUCUACUGAAUCUUUGGACAUUGAUUCAUUUGAAACUCAAACUCUCAAUAACGUUGCAGUCAAAACAACUGUGAAAGAAAAAAGUAGGGCUGCAUCAGAAAAGAGAAAAGCUAACUCUGACAAAAUGAAAGCUUCUCCAGGAAGUCAAACAAAUAUCCUGAGUGGUAAAGUUCUACAAAAUUUCACUCCUGUGAAUAAUAUCCUCAAGAUUCCUGAGACUCCUUGUAUUUCUGAUCCACCCAAAGGAGAGAAUAGUCUUGAGAGAGAACUCCCUUCCAAACCAGACUUUUUCGAACAACCCAAAACAAAGGCCCCAAGACCAAGGAAGUCAAAGGAAAGCAAGAGCUCGUCAAAUCAAAAAGGAGAAUCCAUUCCUGAAAGCAAAUUAACCAGUCAGUUGACCCCACCUUUGAGGAGGUCUAAACGAGGCUCUCUUCCUGAGACUCUUAACAGCUUUCAUGUUCCUGGGCAAGUGCUGUCUCUACCUGCAGAGAAGAAGGAGGUUGAAGGAAUGGGAGAGGAGAAAAGCAAUGGAAGAACUAGAGAAAGUAGGAAAAUACUAUCAGGGGCUAGUGAUCUAGGCAUUGCAGCAGAAUCAAGUGUAUCGGUCAUUAAGGGAACAGAGUCAGAAUCGAGAGAGAAGGUUAUCGAUGUUGCAGAACCUCCUAUGUCAUCACUGCCUCUUUAUACUGAAGACAUUCCCAAAGAAGACAAGGGCAGUGUGUGCAAUUCCCAAAGGUGUAAAGGGUCAGAUACCACAGAGUCCAUUGACUUAGAGAUUGAUAGUGAUGUGUAUGAAGACCCAGAUGAAGCUUUGGAGUCUGAACUGCCAGAAUCCUCAGGAUUAGAGAAGAAUGAUGUUUGCAGUUCCGUGAAACAGAAAUCUCUUGAUGAUGAGAUGUCCAUUAUGGAUUGUAUUCUUCCAUCAUUAUCCAGUCAACCACAUCCUUCUGUGGGAAUUUCUCCUGGCCCAUGUGAGAACAGCAGUGGCACAGCAUCUGAUCUUGGUCAAGCAGAAGCAGACGUUUCCUUGCAUAAGAAAGCGGAGGAGGUAAUUACAGUACUGUCUGGUUCUAGUUGUUCAGUCCAGCAGAUGAGUCAAGCAAGUGUAACAGUCAUCUCACAGGCUAAAGCCUCGGGUUCAUUUCCAAUGUCUCUUGAUGUGAACUCCCAGCCGAGUGAAUCUCUGCUACAGCCUCUGAGGAAAUCUAAGAGAAAAGUGUCCCAGGAUGGACAUCAAGGAAGCAAACUUCAGACAUCAGAAAAUGAUGUCACCAAGAACUCUUCCAUUAUGAUUUCAUCUGGAGAUAAACAACAGGUUGAUAGCCCGAAGGAAUCCGGUGUUCGUAAUGAUUUGCAAGAGGUUCAGACUUCUUCAGGAUCAGCUAAUAGCAGACCAACAAGGAGGAUGUCCCGUAGGAAGAGAAGGACAUUCACUAUUGAUGCAAGUCCAGCUGUAACAGAAAUGCCAAACCCACCAAGUCAGAAAGUGCAACAAGUUUCUGAUAGUCUGGAUCAACCGAUUCCAGACAGAACAACUCCAACGAAAGAUGUCAGCCUAUCUGAAAUAGCACCAGAAGACUCUAGUCAUAAAGAAUUAAGCAAGGCAUCUAAGUCACCUCAGGAAAGGGUCUCUAUGGAAGUAACAGAUGAAAAGUUACAAUGUCCCCAGCCCGUCAUUUCAGUGACCAGAAAGAAGAGUAAAUCCUUACCUUUGUCUCAAGGCCAGAAGAAUAUUAACAUUAACCUUGAAGAUUCUGUAAACCCAUCCUUGUCUCCUAGUAACACCUCUCAGGUGUCAGAUGUGUGUGGAUCAUCACUCAAAUUGAAAAGGAAAAGUCGGAGUGGUAGACGGCACACUCAAAGUCCUGUUACCUGUAGGGAUGUGGAAGAGCCAGUUAAGCUGCUUAGUCCAUCCAGUGGAGGUAAUAAGUUUGAUGAGAAAUGCAACAAGGAAGCAGGUGGUAGCAGUGGAAGACGUUCUUCUGGUAGAAUAAGUAAAGUUCUAUCAAAAUCAGGUUCAUUACCUGAUGGCAGUGCCAUCCCAACAACACCAGGUGCAUCUGAAAUGAAUGAGAUCUCAUCAAAUGUCAUCAUACCUGCCAGAACUCUCCAACAGUCAAGAGGCAGCUUGCAUGAAGGGGCAGAGGAUGAUCCUCAGCAAACACCAGGGACGUCUCCUCGGGGGCUGCGAAGAAGCGCCAGGCAAUCAAGAGAUAUUGCUCAAAAUCGAAGUGAGGUUGCUUCGAGCAAUACAGUAAAGGAAGAUCAGAAAAGUGAACAGAAAAUUAGCAGCCAAACUGUAGAAUGUUUCUCUGUUGUGGAUGAAAGCGCUAGGUUGACCUUGGCUGAGAAGGAAGAGUCCCAUGAAUCCAACGUGUCUUUCCAUUCUGUUGAAGAUAUCUUCAAUCUAGACGAAGAAUCAAGGGAUAUGUUUGAUGAAGAAGAAAUGGCUAGUCAUCAACAGGAAGAAGAAUCUGAGAGUAUGAAUGCAGAGAUAGUGUUUAUAUCACAGGGAGAUAAUGCUCGUGGCUCAAGUGGUCAAGUGAAUGCAAAGAAGUUAUCUGGUGAUUCAUCACAACUGAAGCAUGAAAUGAAGAAGGAAACAACAAGAACUCUCAAGAAACGUCCUGAUGAAUCUAUUGACAUUGAAGCAACAGAUGAUGCAGUGGUAUCACAAAUGAGCUGUCAAUAUGAAGACACUGAAGCACCUAUACCACCCACUCCGCCCUGUCCUGACAUGUCAAAAUCACGCACGUUGUCCUUCCUUCACACAAGUGGAUUAUCGAAAGCAAUAGCAAAGAAAAAGAAGGUGCAACAAGAGAUUGAACCUGAUAUUAGUUCUCUCCUGUGCCCUGAACAAGACACCAUCUCGAAGCAACAGGACGGGGCUCAGUCAAAGAGUCUUGUCAUGGAGACACCAAGUGUGGUGUCCAGGAAGCGAAAAAAGGUACCUGACUCUGGAGACAAAAGCAUAGCUGACACGCCUAUAAAACCCAAAUGUCGGUCAGUGGAUCAAAGAGAGAAAGGAGCUGUUGAAGAUGCCUCUAAUGAUCAAGGCGGUGUCCAGGACAAUGUCUUUGAGCUUGAUGAACCACAAAGAAAGACCUCAAGGAAGGUGACAUCUCAGGUCAUUGGAGAGACACAGUCAGAACCUACAAUCAAGUCCUCGAAUGAGAGCGAUGAAGUGAUUAAAAAUAGAACAAGACGGAGAAAACAGGUGAUCGCCGACGACGUCAGUGAUGAUGAUGAUGAUGAUGAUGAUGAUAAUGAUGAUGACGAGGAGGAAGGUACUAUUGGGAGGCCGAGACAAAGGAGGGCUAAGAGAAUGGUUCAAGUUGGAAGAGAUGAAGAGGAGGAAAGUGAUGAUGAAUUGAUACCAUGUUCCUUCCUCCAACCCUUGGCAAAAGACGAGGAGGAUGAAGAAGAAGAGGAGGUGAACGAUCCCAAGGUGCUCUUUAGUGACCACACAGAUCCCCACCAAGUGACAGAUGGUGGAUCAGCGAGUUCAGAAGAUAGUUGUGCCAGUCAUCAUAUGAAUCUCACCAACGCUUCAUCCAUUCUCUCCAGUCAGAGUGAAAUCAUGAACACACAGCAACAAGAGAAGACUCGUGAAGACAUGCAGGCCCUUGAGGCACAGAUGGCUGAGCUUCAGGCAGCACUGGCCAGAGAGAGAGGAAGCAGGAGCAACGACGAUACCAAUGAUGAGGAGGAGGAGAAUGGUUUACUUGUUGAAGAUACAGAAGGUGCAUCAACCCCAGAUUCAAAGAGACAAAAGUUCUCUGGAAGAACUCAACACAGUAGUCCAAAGAGGACUGAGGAUAGAGUAGGUUUAGAAUCUUCCUCUGAUGAAGAAGAUGAGAUGGAUAAAGUGGAAAGUAUGAUGGAACCAAGAUCUCCAUCUCCUCCUCCACCCCUGUCACCACGGUCCUUGAAGAAGGCAUCAUCGUCCUCGUCGAUGACCGACAGCAUCCGCUCUGUCACCAAUAUGGUGGAACAGUUCCGUAAGAGUAGCUCCAAGAAGGUGACCACAAAGAAAAGAAGGGUAGAGGAUGAAUUGAAUAAUAGCUCUGAUGGAGGUGAGAGUGAUGAUGGUGCUGUCAUGGUUUCAGCCAAAUCAUCUAGGAGCUCUGUAUCACCUAGGACAGGGUCGGCAAGAAGGAGAUCCAAGAAGAGAAGAAUAUGUAGUGUGGACAGUGAGGAUGAACUGCUUCAAGAUGAAGCAAACUCACCACGAAACUCAAGAAACACUUCUGUUGAUAGGACAAAGGAACAUCAUGAAACAGUGCAUCCUGUUACACCUCCAUCACGAACAACUCCACGAUCAACUCCAACAGUCAGUUCCAACAGAAUAUCAACAGGUGGAAGACCAUCAAGGUCACCACAUGGAGGAAGUCACAAAGCUCCAGAAAGCAUCACUCCUCGAGGUCAACAAACUCCCAGAAUCCACACCCCAGCGGAUAGAGCAGCUAGAAGAACCCCUGAGACUUCCUCCAUACCAAGCCCAGUAGAUGCUUCCAUGAGGACACAGAGGACAGGCAGUAUCCAGUCUGGUAGAAGGUCUGGAGAACAGUCUGUGAGAACUCCUGAAGCAGGUCUGGGUCCAAGUCCUCGACCUUCCUCCCGACCCAUGUCUCUAAUUGCUACUGGCCUGAAUAGAUUAGAAUUGCGUCAAGUUGAACAGCUGACAAGUCGACUGGCCAAUUGUCGUUUUGCUAGUGCCUUCAACGCAAAUACCACUCAUGUCAUUGUCAAGACAGAUUCAUCGCUGGUUUGUGAACGAACUCUGAAAUAUUUCCAAGGCAUUGCAGCAAGGGCAUGGAUCGUCAGCUUUCAAUGGGUUCAUGACAGCCUGAAAGCAAGGAAACUCUUGGCCGAGGAAGACUAUGAGGUCAAAGGUGAUGUCGUCAACGGCCUUGACCAUCAUGGACCAAAGAGGGCCAGGACUCUAGAUGGACCAGGUUUCAUGGAUAAGUUUGACCUAUGCUGUAUUGGACCUUUCACUGGUUUGAACAAAGAUCAACUAGUUGGGCUGUGUGAGAUGUGUGGAGCCUCUACCGUCCAGCAUCCGUCUCUCUUCCCAUACAACCCUGGAAGGAAGGCAUUCAUCAUCAUAGAACCUAACCUAGAUACAGAUAGAGACUACCAAGGUUUGCAGAGAAAAUUCAGAGUUCCUGUUAUAUCAAGAGAGUGGGUCUUAGACAGUAUAGCCUUGUACAAGAGUCAACCAAUCACAGAUUACCUCUUAUCAGGUUUAACCAGCGCCUCGACAGAUCAGCCAAUCAUAGACAUUGAGAGUGAUGAUGAGUGAUGUUCAAGGAGUGGAUCUUAAGACAGUUUAGCCCUUUACAAUAGCUGACCGAUCACAGAUUACCUCUUAUCAGAUUUAACUAUCACUUUAACACAUCAGCCAAUCAUAGACUUUGAUAGUGAUGAUGAGUGAUGUUCAAGGAGUGGAUCUUAUAUAGACAGUUUAGCCCUUUACAGUAGCUGACCAAUCACAGAUUACCUCUUAUCAGAUUUCACUUGCACUUCAACAGAUCAGCCAAUCAUAGACUUUGAUAGUGGUGAGUGGUUGUGACCUUCAAAGAGCAGAUAUUGGACAAUAUAGCCCUG